CAUAGAUACUGUCCCCCAAUCAAUGAAGCUUCACUGUGCACUGUAUGAGGUGUAAGGCUGAUUUCUUAUGAAAUAAAAAAAAAAAAUUAACUUUCAAAUUAACAAUUGCAGAGUGCAUUCCACCUUGUACCCUGCUGGCAAUGCUUGCUGUUUGUUUAAUUAUACAGUUUGUGUCAGUAACAGUUACUCCCCAAGCAGUCAAAGAACCAUGUGCUGCUGGAGAAACCAAUAGAGAUUCGUGAAGCAUGAUGGGUGAUGUUUUGCGUUCCAAGCCUCAUUCUGAACCCGGAACUUACUCUAUGUGCAUGCUGCACCAGGAGCUGUGGAUUGCACCAGCCAGCCAGGCAGGGGUGAGUGCUGCAUUGGACCUUUAACCACCCAGCCUGUGGGUCACUAUAUGGUGUGAUAGGAGCUGAGUUUUCUACUUUUAUUUUAUUAAUGGUUUCUAAGCUUCAUGUCUUACCUGGGGCUAAUACAAGAGCAAUGAGUAUCCUGUACCAUGUUGUCAGUUAUAUUUACAUCAGGCUUGUGAGUGAGUCUCAUGACUGUGUGCCUUAAAGGGUGCAUAUAUUAAGAGGGUUUAACUACAUUCAAAACUGGGGCUAAAUUGUCAAACUAGCUGUGGUGGGGAACUUGGUUUUUCUAUUUUAGUUUCAUUUUGGUUAUUUGACAUUGAAUUCAAUACAAUUUGAGAUUUAGUAAAUGUAACCCCUGAGGGGUUGAAAUUGUCUGAAAUUAUAAGCACGUUCAACAUGAAAGUAAUAUAAGACAAAUUACAAUCUACAGCAAGAUGGAAAACAAGAUAAAAGUACAAAAUAAAGAUCUGAUCUAAACCUAAAGUGAGAAUCUGGAAGAGAAAGCAAAACUACAAAUGUUUUAAUAGAAUGUAAGCUCAUUGAACAGGGCCCUCCACCUCUCUGUUCCUGUAAGUCCAGUUGUCUGGUUACAAUUACAUGUUUGUUAGUCCACCGGAAUCUGAUGGCGCUAUAUAAAUAAAAUAAUAAUAAUAUAACUUUAUUACACUAUAUGUAGUUAUGCUUUCUCUUCCAGAUUCUUACAUCACAUUUAGACAUCUUUAUUUGGUGCUUUUAUCCCGUUUUGAGGUUUUAAUUUGUUUCACAACAUUUUUAAUCUUACGGUCCUAAUUACGCUGUGUGUUUUGUAUUAUUAAUUAUCAGAUUCCUCUACUUUUUUUUUUUUUUUUUCACUUGUUUGCGAGGUAUACUUUUGGAGGUUUCUUCUCCAUCACAUUGUUGUGUAUAUAGUGAUAUAUUCUCUUUUCGCAUUCAAAGUGAAUUUUAAAAUUUUCAGUCACUGUAGCCAAAUUGAAACCAUUCUGGAUUUUGGGAACUUUGGCAAUUUUGGCCUACAAGUUUGAGUUUAGUAAAUGAUUACUAGCCGUGUGUGAAAUUAAAGGAACCAUUGCACUAUAAACACCAUAGCUGUAGUGGUUGUGGUGCCAGGAGUGACCUGGCACAUUUGCAUUGAAAGUGAUCAAACAGUCUUCAAUGGUUUGACUUUUUUUUUCCUGGGAUCCAUCGGGCGUCACUCCAUACCCCUUCCCUUCCCUUCUGAUCUGAGAGCCUGAAGCUACUGCUAGGAACUGCUAAUUGCUUUCAGCCAGUAAGCCAAGUCCAAGUAAGAAGUUAAACAGUUCAGAAACGGUUAGACAAUUUAAAAUGUUGAGGCACCAUAACCACUACAGCAAGCUUGAAAACAGGACAAAAGUACAAAAAAAAGAUAUCUAAACCUGAUGUGAGAAUCUGAAUUUUUCUUUCUUUCUGUGAGCUAUUUCAAAAUUCUGCUAUUGUCUAAUAUAUAAUGUGUCUACAUCUUUCUUUUGUUAGCAGUAAUUUGGCAGGUGUUUUAAAUCGGUUUUCCACCUUUCCACUAUAUGUGUAUGUAAAAAAAAAAUAUAUAUAUAUAUAUAUAUAUAUAUAUAUAUAUAUAUAUAUAUUCCAAUGAAGAAAGAGGUGCACUCUGAGGUCUAAUGUGCUCAUGUGAUCUUGAAAAAUCCCUUAAAGGGUAGAAACGUCGAUCGGGACAGACAGUUUGCUGAUAAGGGCCUCUACAAGUCAUGUUAUUGUAGUGAUUAUGGUGCUAAAAAGCCGUGGGUGUAUUUUUUUCCUUAUACUGUUUGACAUAAAAUGCAGGAGUGUUCUUCUACCCAAAGCCUAUCUCCUUAUAUUGUGAUCCCAUAAAAAGGAAAUCUGAUGUAAUCAAACAUAAUAUUGUUUUGAUACAGUAGGGCUGAAAGCGCCUGAGGCAAUUUGGUGUAGCCGAGUGGUCCGAUACCUAUAUCCGUGUCCUGACGUUGUGCUCCAUACAAGAACUUGGAUGUUUAACGCCUUAAGGACACAUGACGUGUGACAUGUCAUGAUUCCCUUUUAUUCCAGAAGUUUGGUCCUUAAGGGGUUAAAGGGAGCCUAUUGUCCCAAUAAUAAUAAUUUUUUUUUUUUGCGAAUAUAAGUUCCCUGUUAUUACCUUUUGACCUCUGGCCACCCCGCAUUUUGUUAAAUGUUAUGCCAAUAUUUUUUACUUUCCUUGUUUCCGGCACUGAGACACCAGCGUUGCAGUAGUCUGAUCCUCCUCCGUCUUCCUCUGCAAGCAUGCUGACUUCUUCUGACUUCUCGUACGAUCCAAUGACGAGAAGCGCAUGCCUUCAAUAUGCCAUGUUCGUCCAGUCAAAUGUUCUCUGUGAGAAGCUUUGAUUGAAGAAACGAGUCUGACUUGAUUACUGCAGCUAAAGCACAUUCUAGUGGCUGCCAGGAAGACUGCCACUAGAGUGGUAUUUAACCCAGCAAUGUAAAUAUUGCAGUUUCUACAAAACAGCUCUGUUUGCUAUUGCAGGUUAAAAAUGAUAGUGCCACUUCACCCAGACCUCUUGAUUGAGAUGAAGUGAUUAGGAUGCCUAUAGUGGUCCAUUAAUGAGAAGGUUAUAGACUGCUGUAACAAAAUCCUGAUUGGAAAUCUAUGGACCUCUUCGGGUGAAUUGUAUAGAACUAUAAAAGACAGAAAUCCAAAAUUGUAAUAUGAUACAGUUACAGGCUGCCAGUGUUUGAACAGAGAAUAGGUUUUGUAAAAAUAUUUGAAACACUGUUAAUAAUAACUAUUUAAAAAGAAUAGGUGUUAUAACUGGUUACAACGUACUUUGCUGAUUAAUUUUACCCACUGUGACUUCUUCUCUGGAAGUCCUAUGCUCUAUUGUGCAUUGCAAUAGUCAAGGCAUUAAAGGGAAACUACAGCACCAGGAAAAAAGUUGUUUUUCCUUCCUCCCUCCCUCCCUCCCUCCCCCCUCCCCGUGGUGCAUAAUGGGUUAAAAACCCCUUCUGUCACUUACCUCAGUCCAACGCCGAUGUCCCUCAGCACUGGCUCGGGUACGUCUCCUUAGCUGAUGUCAGCGGGGGAGAUCUAAUGUGCGUGUGUUGCAAUGGCCGUGCUCGCAUUAGGAUUUCCCCAUAGUAAAUAAUGCUUUCAUGUAGGGAUUUUGAUGACGCUCUAUCUCCUCACGCAUGGCACGAGGACGUCCAGUGUAAUGCAACCAAAAGUUACCUAACGACCCGGAAGGUAGACAGCCACUAGAGGUGGAAUUAAUCCAUAAAGGUAAUUAUUGAUUAAUAACUGCAAUAAUUGCCUUUGCUGGUUUAAGGGACCUUGGAAUAUGCACCAGACCACUUCAAUGAGCUGAAGUGGUCUGGGUGCCUAUAGUGUUCCUUUCAUAGGCGCUUCUUAUGCCGGAAUUUGCUGUUUAAUAAUCUAAGUUUUUCAGAUUCCUUUAUCAUGCUGUUCCCAGCGAUCUGUUUGUGUACCCUCACAGAACUACAGUUUGCAGAGUAAUUUGUGACAGAGAGGGCUGUAUAAUUACAACCAGCAAGCCAGCAGUGUUGUAGCCCAGGGCUCGACAAUGCCCAGGUCGCCAUGGCGAUUAGAAAUUUUGCCCUGGCACCUGGGAUUUGCAGCUCUUUACCUAAAGUGGCCGGAUGGGGGAACAAUGAGUUGGCCAGUCGCCUUGGGGGGAUGUGGACGGGAGGCUGUCUUGGGGAUCACGGAGGAGGCCGGACUCAGGGCUAUCACAAGUCCUCUCUGCACUCUCGUGCUGUAUAGUGAUGCCGGGAGCCAGAAUAUGACAUUACUCCGGCCCCGGCAUUACUACAGGGAGCAAAGAGGAGCUGCAGGUAAAUGACUGCUCCCUCGCACACAGGAUGAGAGACCAGCCCCACUGGACCGCAGGGAAAGAUCCACUCAGCUCUCCCAAUGCAUAGGUAGGGAGGCAGGGUGGAUUCAAUUACAAUGAAAUCAAUGUGUCUGUAUGUCUAUGUCAGUGUGUCAGUGUUUGUAUGUCUUGAAUAGUAUAUGUGGAACUGCACUCACUCCCACAAAUCUGAGCCGGAAUCAAACACCAGAUUUCCAAACAUUAGUAAAGUAAUAGGGGUCCAGGCACUCCUUGGUUCAAGACAGGCACUUUAUUGGGAACCACAACAGCAACAUUUCGACCCCAAAAGGUCUUUGUCAACACUUUACUAGUGUUUGUAUGUCUGUCAGUGUUUGUGUGUCUGUGUCAAUCUGUCAGAGCGUAUCUGUAUGGGGCCCCCCUGCUGAUCACAUGAGGUGUUUUUACUCCCCUUUUUCCCGCGCCGUGCUGGUUUUGCCACGGCUUGUCCUGCCUGCAUGGCUGAGAUCAUCAGUCUUUAUGAUCUCAGCUAAACCAAUGCUUUUCCAUAGGAAUUGGGAGAAUAUUGCGCAUGUUCUCUAUGGGUAACAUUCAGCACCGUCAUGCAGAGCAGGGCACAAUGCAGCACUGACACAGAACUCUCUAGUGGCCAUCUGAGUGAGUGCUACUACAGGUGUUACUAGGCAAAAUGUAAACACUGCCUUUUCUCUGAAAAUGCAGCGUUUGCAUUAAAAAGGCUACAGGGACAGGCUAGAGGCACCAUAAAAACUACAUUAAGCUAUAGUGGUUCUGGUGACUAUAGUGUCCUUUUAAGAAUUGUAUAUUUCUCGUUGUUAAUUAAGCUUUGCUAGUUUAAAAAAAACAAAAAACUGGCUCCUAACUUUUUUUAGCUGGCUCUUAGAUUCCAAACAAGUUUCUGAAACCAGUUUGGAUUGAGAAUGACCUACUUCUGAGAACAAAUUGUUUUCCAAGUUUCUGUCUAUAUGUGUAUGUAUUAAUUUUUAACUAUAUGGUGUGUGGUUUUUUUUCCUCUCUUAAAAAUCCUGUUUAUAUUUUUUUUUCCAGGAAAGAAAAUUAAAUGAUGUCUAAACUUCUCCUUACAUACCGGCUUGGAUGUGGCCUGAUAUUUGGAACAGCUGCUGCGGUUGUAAUUUAUUUUGUUUACAGGAGGAGUUCUAAAAAGAAUAACACAUUGCUCUCCAAGCAGGCUAGGUACUGUAUAAAUAAAUCAUCGGACCGCAGCACGAAUCCAUCAUCAACACAGUCACAAGGUGAAUGGAAGGUUGUUCUUAUUUAAGAAUACAAUGGCUUUAGUGGUCAGACAUUUGUUGAAGAAUUCUACUCGUUAUUUAGACGCAGAAGGUUGUUCAUUCCUCUGAAUACUUUAGGAUUGCAAAAUAUUGGGACAUUAAUAUAUCUUUGCAUCAUAGCUUAAACUAUCUGAGUUUGGCAAUUUUAAUAAUGUUAAACUGCAAUAUAAUUGUUUUCGUUCUUUUUUUGUUUUAAAAAAGUGUUGAGUAGAUAUAUAUUUUUUUUAAUCUAUUUUUCAGCUGCGUUGGGAGAGGCAGUUAACAAAGCUGUGACACACGGUGAGCAGUUGGAGUUGCUGAAUCGUUUAGACGAUGUUCUUUCCACCAUUACUGUGUUGAGAGAGGAGGUUGAAACUCUUCGGAACAGCCUCCACGAAUUAGCAGAUGAUAUAGUUGAAGAAGUACGGUAGGUUUCUGCUGUUUUUUUAAAAAGAUGCAGAAAAACAAUACCUAAAUGCCACAUUCUCCUGUAUAAAGGGUUUGGGGACUUUGUCCAUAUCUCCGUAUUCCAAAAGUAUGGAAGAAUAUAGAAAAUUAUCAUUUAAAUAAUAUGGCUAAUUGGAUGAGGUAUUACAGAUAAUACACGUUUAUUACAUUCAAAAUAAGAAUAAUCCACAUAGACGUGUUGGUAAUAUAAUGAAUGAUGUCUUCACAGUAAAUAAACAACCCUGUACAUGACUCCGAAAAAUAUGAGUAAAAUAACGAUAAAUGCGUGCAAUGAAAUUUUAGAGCAUGAAUAAAUAUUAAAUGAUCAAAUACCAUGGGGAUGUAAAAAAGAUCCGGUUUAACUCUCACCUUAAUUACUUGAUGUUGUUCAGUUUAAUUCUAAAUUAAGCAAAUUGGUACCUUAAUCCCACCAUCCCUGUUACUAGAAGGGUUAUUUACUAAAGUGAGACAAAAGUGAAUUUCAAGUUAAAAAACAAAUUAGCUGAACGAGAAGCAGAGCUGGAUUGCAGUUGUUUUGCCUGUUGGUUAUUUUGGCCGUAAAGGGACACUAUAGUUACCAGAAUAACUACAGCUGAUUGCAUUUGAUCUGGUGAGUAGAAUCAUUCCCUUCAGGAUUUUUGCACUAAACGGUAAAACUCAGAGAAAAUGCAGUGUUUACAUUACAGCCUAGGGAUACCUCCACUGACCACUCCUCAAAUGACUACUGGGGGUGCUUCCUGGGGCAGUGCUGCAAAUUGUGACUGACAUUCAGUGUCUCCACCCUCUGCGUGGAGACACUGAGCUUUCCUCAUAGAGAAGCAUUGAUUCAAUGGAUCUCUAUGAGGAGAUGCUGAUUGGUCCGGGCUGUGUUUGGCUUGUGCUGUCUUUGCCCCUGAUCUGUCUCCUUGACAGUCUCAACCAAUCCUAUGGUGAAUCAUUGAGAUUGGCUCAGACCAGUGGCGUACAUACCAGGGUCACAGGGGUCGCGAUUGCGGCCGGGCCCGGCCCACCAGGGGGCCCGGCCGCCCCUGCGACCCGGUAUGUACCCACAGGGCCAGCCUCUUCUCCUAGGGGGCCCAGGAGGCCUUCCGGCUCCGGUAUCAGUGCGGUGCGCAAGGGAGUUGAAGAGGAAGCGCACAGAGGAGAGUGCUCCCUCGUGCGCCGGCCACCCAGCCCGCCCGCCCAGCGGCACCACUGGACCCCAGGGAAUCCCUCCAGCACUCCAAAAGGUAAGGAGGCUGGGGGGAUUAAAUUUAAAAAAAAAAUGUGUGUGUUUGUUUGUGUGUCUGUUAGUGUGUGUGUGUCUGUUAGUGUUUGUGUGUUACUGUGUAUGUCUGUUAGUGAGUGUGUGUUUGUCAGUGAAAGUGUAUGUUUUGUAAGUGAGUGUGUAUGUAUGUCUGUCGCUGAGUGUGUCUCUGUCAGUAAAUGUGUGUGUCUGUUAGUGUGUAUGCGUCUGUUCAUGAGAGAGUGUGUGUGUGUGUGUGUGUGUGUGUGUGUCUUCAGCAUUUACUUUUCUCCAGCGUCGGACUCCCUUGGCACUGGGGAUCCCUCCGCCUCUCAGCUCCGAAUGCACAUGCGCGGCAAGAGGCGCGCGCACAUUUAAACCGCCCAUAGGAAAGCAUUACUCAAUGCUUUCCUAUGGACAUUCAGUGUCUUCUCACUGUGAUUUUCACGGUGAGAAUCGCGGAAGCUCCUCUAGCAGCUGUCAAUGAGACAGCCACCAGAGGCUGGAUUACCCUCAGUGAAACAUAGCCGUUUCUCUGAAACGGCUAUGUUUUCAGCUGCAGGGUUAAAACUAGAGGGACCUGGCACCCAGACCACUUCAUUGAGCUGAUGUGAUCUGGGUGUCUGCAGUGGUCCUUUAAGUGUGUGUGUGCAUACCGGGGUCGCAGCCCUGCCACCCCUGCGACCAGGUGCCCGCCGCCAUGUGUUACGGCCCCGACCUGCGCCGAGUAAGUGCGCGGGGGGGGGGGGGGCACCGAUCAAUUUUCGCACCGGGGCCCCAUGGGUCAUGUGUACGCCACUGGCUCAGAUAAUUACUUCUGAUGAUGUCAGCCAAGCAGGCAGAUCAGAGCCAGCAGCUGCAAUCUUGAUUGAAAGUAUGAUUUUACUAUAUUUAGGGGCAGGGGGGCUACAUUGUGGUUUUAACACUAUAGCAUCAGGAAUACAUGUUUGUGUUAAAGUUCAAUUUUACUUUUCAUUCUAAACAAUACUCAGUUCAGUGAAAAACCCUGAAAGUCUCACACAUGGUGAGGGAUCAUCAAUGUAUAUACAGCCUUGAGAGUAUGAGUAAUUUGUUUCAAAAAUACCCUGCAUGUUUGUAUAAUGGACGCGACGUUGAGUCCAUUUUACCAGACUAGGCACUCCCUGUGUUUUAUGCACUAUUCUUUCGUGAUGUUCCCAUAUUCCAGGGUAAUAGCGCACUUGACAUUACUAGACAAACUCAGACUUUUUCUACAACUUCCCUUGUCACUGGAUUUACAAAUUCACCUUUAUGGGAAUUUCUGGAGCUCUUGCGGUGAUACCACCAAUCCUUGGUCCUUAAAUUCAAAGGGUGUUUGUUUUUUCCACCUUAUGCUUAUUAGUGAAAUUGUAUAAGAGGCUUGGUAAGGAGAUAAGCUUUGAGAGAGUUCUUGAAAAUUGUAACGGAGGGAGACUGUCCAAGUUUGUUAUAUUUAGAACCUUCGGACAGGGGUAGGCAACCUUCAGCACCCCAUAUGUUUUGGACUGUAUCUCUCCCGAUGCUUUUACCAGCAUUAUGGGAAAUGUAGUCCAUAACAUGUGGUGUGUCAGAGGUUACCGACCCCUGCCCUAGGACAUUGGGAGUACUAAGUAUUAAUUUCAGAUAUUCAACAUGAGUUGUGGAUGGGGUUGUAAGCCAGACUGGGGAAGAUGGGAUUUAUGUAGCAUGAUCAGAUAGAUGAGCCUGGUGUGAACAUUUGCAUUCGUAUAUGUCUCAAGUCCAUAUCUAUUCCAAAUGCAGGGCCUUGACAGUUCGGUAGUUGAAGGUAGUGCUGGUAGGUUGAUCUAUUCAGCUGAGCUUCUUGUCUUGCUUCACGUCUGUGGUAGUGUUUACCAUUCAAGUGGUUAUAGUGUCUGGAAUCCCUCCACUCAAUGUUAACCUGUUUCUGAAUAGUUUGACUCUGAGCAAGCAUUCUCGGCCACUCUCAGCACAGCCCCUGCUGGAGGUUUGGCACAAAUUACACUCUUUAGCUAUACCAACUCAUACCAGCAGUCAGUUCUGAUAGGCUGAAUACAGUCAGCUGAAACUGUCCAAUAUCCAGUGACAAGCCAAUCACAGCCUCCCAUUGCUGCUCAGGCUAAUACUUCCUCAUUAACUCGAGCAGCACAGGGGGAUGGGCUGCUGGGCUGCUAAUACUCAUUUAGUAUUAAACUGUUCAAAACGGUUUAACGUUGUAUGGAAAGGUGUCUGUAGGGAACUCCAAACCCUAUAACCACUUCAAUGAGAUGAAGCGAUUAUAGUGCCUGUUGUGUCCCUUUAAUUAUAUAUGUAAAAAACAAAGUAUUUUAAAUAUGAAAUAAAUGUUACCUGUAAUUGGGAAAGAGCACACAUAAUACUUUCAGGAUCUAAACGUAAUCUGUCCAUUAUGUAGGUCACAAAUAGAGGAAAGCCAGAAGGCAGCUCGACGCCGGCGAUAUCCGUUACACAGAGAGAGGACUGAUUCAACAGGAUCUAGCUCAAUAUACUUCACAACCAGCUCUGGGCCAGCGAACACAGAUAUGGAAAGUGAAGGAGGGUAAGGAGUUGGCAAUAUAAAUUGUCAAUGUGUAAAAAUUCAUGAUCCGCUCAGUCAAUUGGAUUUACCUUUUAAAAUAUAGUAAUCAGAUCUUUUUACCUAAAUAUUGUCCUCCAUUGCAGCUGAUGACCAAAAAGUGUUUUUUGGUUUGUUUGUUUGUUUUUUAAAUCUAAAAGUGCAGUAUAUUUUCAUGCAUAUUGCGUAUAUCCUGUGUACACCUGAGCUGUUGCAGAACUGCUAAGCUAUGACAGUGUUAAGGCUGUCAGAGCAUCAUGGGGAUUGUAUUUCUGCAAAAGCUAUUAUUGAUUUACCGGCGCAAUUUACAUAAUAUGGAUGAAUUGGACAAGCAAUUCUGGAGUAGCACCACGUUAGGAACAUGACAGCAGCUGAUCCUUGCCUCCACUACUGAUGAUAGAGAGAUGGAAGCUCCUAAGCAGGACCUCAGUUUGCUCUCCUGAAUUAAGCAGUGCAGGGCCGAGAGGGUCGAUCGAUUGCUGUCAGCCAAUGAACUAAGCCCUACACUCUUCCAGAUCUUCUGGCUCUCCAUUAUCAGUAGUGGAGGUGAGGAGUGGUGCCUCGUGGACCCUGCAAAGAAGUCAAACCAUUGUAAAAGGUAGAGAGUACCAUCACCACUGCAGACGGCUUUUUUUUUUUUUUUUUUAAAUAAAGGCCUGGGGUUUGUGUGCUACAUUCUAUUUGUACCAGUUGGUAGUAAGGGUGAUUAGUAUAAAUGGACACUAGUCACCAGAACAACUACUGCUUAAUGUAGUGCUUCUGGUAAGUAUAAUCAGUCCCUUCAGGCUUUUUGCCGUAAACACGGUCUUUUCAGAGAAAGGGCAGUGUUUCCAUUUCCCCCUAUGGACAUGUCCAGCGGCCACUCCUCAGAUGGCCAAUGAAGGUGCUUCCUGGGACAGUGCUGCACACUGUGCUCUGCAUGGGGAUGCAGAACUUUCCUCAUAGAGAUGCAGUGAUUCAAUGUAUAUCUCUGAGGAGGUGGCCCGUCCUGCAUCCUUGGUGAUUUCAGCCAAUCCAGUCCUUUCCCUAUGGGAAAGCUUUUGGUUGGCCAAAAUCUUUGUCUUCUCAUUUAUUUUUCUUACGCCACUACCUACUCCCCCUGUUAAUGGUGCUGACUUUCCCCAUAUAUGUUUCAGUUGCUUUGCUGCAUUACAUCUCAGAUUCUUCUUAUCACCAUACAAAGCUCUCCUCUUUCUGACAAGUUCAUAUUAUAACUCUUUUUAUACUAUUGUACAGCGCUGCGGAAUUUGUUGGUGCUUUAUAACGGAUAAUAAUAUAGGAGCUCUCCUCUAUAUUGGAGCACACUACCCUUCUUUUAUUUCUUUGCAGUAUUCACAAUCUAUACAUUUCCCCCACAUCGUAUCGGGUAAAUAUUUCCUUAUCAGUCUCCAUCUUUUCCACUACAACAGAUUCCUUCUCUACGACCAUAUCUGCUCCUAAUUUCACAUGAAUCCCCUUCACACUAGCUCAUCCUAUCAUUUCAUAUAUGUGUACCUUCUGCAAUCGAUGCUAGCUUACUGGAUGAUGUCAUGGGGCGUGUAUUUUUGAGAAUUCAGUGCAUGUUAUCGUAGGUGUAUUGCCUAUGGUUUAUCAAGUUCUCCACUUUACUCUUGUGAGCUUUUACUCUGGUUUCAUAAUGUUUGUCACGAUUCCAUCAUCCUUUGUAGCUACACUACAGCAAACGCAGAAUCCGAUUAUGACCGUGAGAGUUUUAAGGCCAGCGAGGAAGAAGAUGAAAUAAGCUGUGAAACCAUAAGGACGAUACGCAGGGAUUCGGCUGACCUCACGUCAGAUGACGGAGAUUUUACACAGACCCUUGACUGUUUUGACGACAAACUGACACUAUUGGUUCAGAAAGUAGAUCAACUUUACAAUGGGGAUUCGGAGCAGAAAAAAGAGUCAUUCCAAUUGCUCCGCUGUAAUAAAGGAUUGGUAAAAAUAUUUUUAUUUACAUUUUUCUUAUGUCACACCUUUUUUAAAAAAAAUUUUUGUUUUGUUUUUUGUUUUUUUAUAAAGGCACACUGUAGGCACCAUAACCAGUACAGCUUAAAUGUAGUGUAACCACUGCCUUUUUUUUUUUUUUUUUUUAUACAGCUACCUAGUCCCACCUGUAGUGGUCGUCACUCAAACAGCCACUAGAGGGCCUUCCUGGGUUCAGUCUUGCAAAAAUUGCUGGACCAAUGUGUUAACUCAACGAAUCUCUGAGGAGAUGCGGGUUAGCGCAGCGCGGUGAUUUGCCACGCAUGCGCAGUAGCUUCCCAAUGCUACAGUGUUUAUCUUUUGCACCCAUUCAUUUUUUGAACAGCCAUUUAUUGUCAUGCUGUAAGUUUGCUAUGGUUGGUAUAGUUAUAAUCUACAGACUGUGCUGGCAAAUUCACCAGCAAAUCUAGAAAUUAAUACUAACCUGAAAUGAAUUUGCAGCUCUAUAGACUUUCUCUACAUAUGCAGCAUGGCCCUUUGGACUGAAAUGUGCAUCUGAAUAUGCAGCCAUCCCUCCUUCCAACAAUUCAAACUACAUCCCACGUUUCCUAGCGGUCAGAUGCAUAGUAGUGAUGUAGAAUGCCAUUGCUUCAUUUAGUGACGGUGUUUGUUUGUAAUGCUUUUUGCGGCACUGUUAUAAGUAUCGAUUACUUAUAGGAGUGCUCUAAGCUACAGAAGCUCUACAGCUUGUACAAUGGUUAUUUUGCCUAGAAUCUCAGGACACCAUAGCGUAGUUUUAGAUACAUCUUUACCACAAAUAGGACUUGAUCACUGUCUGUCUGCAUUGCUAAAAAUAUUAACACCCCCAGCACUCUCAGCCAGUCAUCUGUUUGUUUUUGUACUUGACAUUUUAGUAAAAAGCACAGACUGGCAUCUAAAUGAACCCUGCACAGCCCAGUCAGCUGUCUGUCCUUGGCGAGAGUUGCUGUUGUCUGCUGGUUUAGAGCUCGAUGCUGUUUGUGUUUAAUGACACACCUUGCAAGUUAUUUAGAAUGGUUUGUAAAUAUGAAAGGCAUUUUGUUUGCCUCCUAAUAUACAAAUGUUACAUUUCUUCAGAGGUUUAGAUUUUACAUGUUGUAUGUUUUUAGAAUUCUAUAUGUUUAACCAUUUAACCUACAAAUAAAUUUAGCACUCUAAUCUAUCUGGUGAUGUUGAAAAAUUGAGUCGUCUUUUAUUCUUUAUUUGUAUAGUACGGGGAGAAUCAAGACUUUCUUUGGCGUCUUGCUCGGGCCUACAGCGACAUGUGUGAGAAUGCAGAAGACCUACAGAAAAAGAGAGCGUACGCUAUGGAGGGUAAGUAGGCUGCACCAUUCUGUUAUGUUCGUGAACACAGUGAUCCACUGUGCUCUGGAAUUUGGGACAAACCUUGAACUGCUCAUAUUUUUUUUUUUUAUUUAUUUUUUUUAAAUACCCAUAUGGUGUGAUCAGAGACACGUCUGUGAUGAAACACCCAAGUGGGAAAACGGGUGUCAGUCAGGGUUUUUACAAAACUCUGUAUUUUUAACAGAUGAUGCAAAAGGAAGUUUUCAAACUAUUAAUUGCGGUUAAUUUGUUUGUUUUUUUUAUCAGUUUGUUUUAGUACUUUUGUGGUUAAUGGUAUUUUAUCAGUUUAACACUUUUUAGGGAAAUCAUUUUGAUGAGUAAAACAGAUUUUUUUACCAUCUUCUAGAAUUAAAUUAGAAUCUAUAGACUGUAAUAAAUUUGAGUUUUUUUUCUAACUUGGCCUGUGCUAAGGGACCGUUAUCAAUGCAAUCACAAUCUAAUAAUCACGAAUUAUUUUUAUUUUUUUCCUGCUGGUAAAGAAGAAUUUUCUGGAAACCAGGCCUAACCUUGGUUUCAUUGGUAAUUUAAAUUUAGUGAUGUUGAGUUUGAAAGGCACCCCCCACAUAAUAAAAAAGAAAAGAAUGGUGCUUUCUAAGAGUUUCCCAAAGGGGAAAGGUUGUUCGUUGAUGUUGUUUGUAUAUGUCAUCAAGUCAGUAGUUUUUGUGGUGUACUGAAAUAUUUAGGAUAUUCUUGCUUCAACAUCGGUAACUGCUAAUCAGCAGUCAUUAACAUGUUAACUAUUGAAUAUGAUACUUUUAAUUUCCCUGAUGCAUGUUUGAUAGCAUUGGGUUGACGAAGGUAGGUCAUUAGUCCUUAAAGCAUCAUAAUAGGUUUAUUUUUACAGCUGACAAUCUAUCUUUCGACCAUCCCUGAUCAAUGUACUCCUUGUAUUGACGUUUUUUUUUAAAAUUUAAUUUAAAGAGCUCCCAAGCGUCCGGCACGACAAUCGGUUUCCUAGCCGCCUUACCUCCAGCCAUCGGGACCCGGGGAACCCCCACACAAAGCCUAACCGACAUGGGGAGGAAGAAUAAAAAACAAAGACCUGACAAACCAAACCUGGGGAUGACGAUCGGCGAUAUGUGGCGCCAGGCGCAGGGAGUGACGGGGCCUAAAAUGGCCGCCCUCUCGGAUUGUGAAUCCGAUUACUCGGAUGACUACUCUGGCGGAAUGGAGGAACAGACCCCGCGAGGGGCAACGAGACUGCAGCACAACCCGGACAAACCUGACAGCACACCGGUGACUAAAGCGGUGCUGCAGGAACUCCUGGCCGACCUCCAGAAACAUAUCUCAGCUGAUGUGGCAGCGGUCCGCAGCGAUAUACAGGGCCUCACAGGCCGCAUGGGAACCCUGGAGGGCACAACCACCCAGAACACCCACCAUAUAGCAACACUCCAACGGGAGAUGGCAGACCUACGCACACAAAACUCGAUGCACGAACGCCGCUUUGCAGCGCUGGAGGACAACAGGCGCCGCAACAAUCUAAAGGUGCGGGGGGUAGCUGAGACCGUUUUGGACGCGGAGUUACCGCACUCCACAAGGCGGCUGUGGGACACCUUGCUGCCAUCGAAACAAGCUAGGGCAAUGCAGCUGGAGGGUUUGUUCCGCAUCCCAAGAUCCAACAAGGCUUCAACUGCAGAACCAAGGGACCUGGUGGUUCAGUUUAGGAGUGGAGCAGACAAGACCACUGUGCUUAACGCCCUGAGGGGGAAAACCCCAUACCAGUUUGAAACAAUGACACUCACCUUCUACGCUGACUUAUCAGGGCAAACCUUAGCCUGGCGCAGAUCCCUCAAACCACUGACUGCACUCCUUCAAGAACACGAUGUGAGGUACCGCUGGCGCCCCUCCCGCACGCUGCAGGUCUACCAUAAUGAUACCACUCACCAAGUCCAAGAGCUCCAGGAAGCCACGGCCUUGCUGCACAUAUUGGGACUGCCUAUGGACUCCCUCGACCAACACAAACCGGAGAACCGACGUACACAUAACUGGGACCCAAACCAGAUCGCCCCCUUCGUUCCACAGAAACGCACGCCGGACCAGUAUGCAGCAGCAACAACUUGAACUUUGACAGGAGCUCACAUCACAUCACUUUGACAGGGAUAACCCCACGAACUGGAUGUCCCGCUGACCCACUGGAAUUGUGUACAUGCUUCCUUUGUCUCUUCUCUCCUCUUCCCUUUACUUCUAUACCCCUGUUGGCAUUACUCUGCAAACUACUUCUCACCCACAUACACUAGCGAGGCUCCCAUUGCACGCAACCCCUACACCCUCAACAUCCCUUAGACGGCAAGACCGUUUGACACACAGAGGUUACAGGCAAAUAUGGGCCAGCACCUGCUCCUGAAAUGGCAUAGGCCCUCGCAGAGUCGCACACCUUACCCAGACAUCACACCCAUGUCUUGCAAACCUCCCCUCUAUACAAUGAUGGGUUAGUGUUAAUAUACUCUGUUACCAUUGCUACAUUUUCUGUUUUUUAUUUUUUAAGUUUUAGUUUUAGUUUAUUUUUCAAACAGCUACCAAUAUGAUACCUCUCAGGGAACCAAGUUAACGUCCCCCUCUGCUGUAUGCGCAGACUAUGACAGAGUCGUACACGUUUACCCUCACAAACAGAUCUAAGCAAGGAUACUGCCUAGGACAAACUGAUACGCAUGUUCCUUCAUCUGUUGUUAUACGUUUAAAAAUAUAUAUGUUCAUGUUUAUCUUUUACCAACGCCUUAAUGCUUACAAAUUGUGUAAAUUGCCUUCUUGGUCGCAAGCUGUUGGGGCUUGGCGAGAGGAUGUGUAUUUAUCUGCACUUCAAAAAUAAAAAAAAAAAAAAAAAAAAAAAAAAAGAGCUCCCAAGCAAAUGCAUUUGACUGGUUACUUGUGAAAAGGGGGUUUGUGGGUUUUCAGAGCUUGUACAAUUCAUUUUAUACAGCAAUACUAAUAAUGAUGAUGAUGAUGAAGGAAUAGUGUGUGUAAUAUGCUGUGUUUUUUGGGGGGGGGAGUUGGCUGAAGAGCACAGUGUUGCAUUUGGAUAUUGCUUCCUGUCCUAGAGCUGUUAGGCGUUUCAGAUAACACGAUAAACAAAGCGCUGAGGUGGCCUUGAGCCAAAAGAUGUCUCGUUCCUGGAGUACAUGCCAGCAAGCUUAGAGAGCACCUAUGCUGCAGAUGUAACUCUAAAAACAAAAAUAUUGCCUAAUGUGCUUUUAUCUUUCAUGUGUCCCGUUCUGACCAAACUCACAUUCUAGAAAAAACUAGAUCACUUUUUUUGUAAUUAAAAUGUUUAUUGAGAUUACUGCAAUGUAAGGUAAUAAGACAGAGAAGAGGAGACGGAAACUACUCCAUGUUUGUAACACGGCAAGAAAACGGUUUGACAGAAAAUGGAAAGUGAGACAGAGGAGAAUAAGGAGAAAAAAAACAUUAGAAGAAGAGGUGUGAGGGGGCAGUGAGGAAAGGAUGAGAUUACUUUUUAAACCUGGAUUGUUUAGAAAGAACUCUUGUUUUUGUAACCGUUUUAAAGGUUUGCCAUACAGAUUUCACUCCUCUGUUAAAGGAACACUACAGGCACCCAAACCACUUCAUCUCAAUCCGCCCCAUUGUAACCCUGCAGGAACGGCAAUGUUAUCUUGACUGGGUUAACCUUCUUCUAGUGACUUUCACACUAGAGACACUUUCAUGAGAUAGCAGAGUAAAACUCUAUUUUAACCAGAUUAUCUGAGAGAGACACUAUCUCAUUGGUGCAGCGUGACACAAGUACUUUUCCAUGGCUCUAUGAUCUCCGCAAAGGAAGCCGGUGCUGUGAGGGGGAAAAGUUAAAUAAAAUCACAAAACCCUGGCAGUGCUAUCCACGUUCACCUAAACUGUGAGCAGGGCACUAUAAUGAACCUUUUAAUCUUAUAUAUUUCCUCUUACUCUGGAAUGACUGCGAUAAGUAAUCUUCAGAAAUGACACUAUACCAGACACCCCUUAUGUCGUAAUUUCAGAGAAUGUCUGUCUGUCUGCAGGGAAAUUGCAAGCUGAACAAGGUCUAGAGUCAGGAAAUGCAAGUGAAGACGGUCGUGCGGAGAAUCACAAAUGGUAAGUUCUAUCUCAGGGAUAUUUGCAAAGUAAUGUUUCCAAAUCAGUCCACUACUGAAUGUUGUAUUGCACACUAAGCUAGCUGGGUUCCCUUUCCCCAAGAUGUUGUGUUUAAAGUGACUGGUUUGGUCUGUGCCAGGUAUUUUAGAUAAUGAUUGUAUUCAGUAAGAAAACCGCUCUAGUAUUCCUGGCUUUUUGUGACUAGUUAAAGAAAUACCCACUUGCUGCUCUUCUGAUUUCAUUCUGGGUUAUUUAUAUAAUUCAGAAUUUUUGUGAAUGAAUUUAGGUGGAAUAACGUUGACUUCACCUGAUUUGGAGAAUUUUUCCUGAUCAACUACUUUUGUCUCAACUAUGCCAUAUGGAACACAUUUUUUGGGGAAAUAGGUUUAAUCAAUAACCCUAUUUCUAAAGGAGAUAAAGGAGUAAAGACACGUUUUGUUUUUUUAAUUCUUUAUUUUAAUUUUUCUGUUUCACGUUGAAAUAACAACAUUGGAGGUGUUACAGUAAACAACAAUUUGUGAUGUUCAACAUAGGUAAAGGUAGUAAAUAGGACACUCGAGUUAUUGAGGUAGCCACAGGCCUGUCUAGCAAGUAGAUAUGAUUUUAACAAGUCACUUGCUAUGACUACUAUUUACAUAAUUAAAAAUUGUAUUAAGUCUAAAGGAACACUCACACCUCUAUAACAACUUCAGGUCACUUUAGGUUUUAUGGGGCAGAAGUACCCGGAUGCCUUCUAACCAUCGGGGUAUAAACCAGCUAACACUCUCAGCCUAUCACUGGUUGCCUGGCUAACCCUUCCUUAUACUGCAGAGAAGAAUGGAAGCAGAAGCCCAAACUUAAACCAUUGCUAAACGGUUUAAUCCCUGACGUUAGAAGGCACUCCUAAUAAGCUUAAAUGGACACUUUACUGUCCAAAUAAAAAUAAAUCACUUUGUUUAGUAGAUAUCACUGCAAUGGAACCAUGCAUCUCCUUUCUGAAGCCGUCUAACCCCGUCCAGGCUUUCUGCGGCUGUCCAAUCAUAGACUUCCUAAUGCAGCUCAGAGAGGUCUUUGCAAGGCAGGCGCUCUGAGCAAUUGCGGUCUCUUGGGUUUAUCUUUACUGAGCUAAACAACCAGGAAGUAACAGGACGUGUUGUCUGCUCGAAAGCCAAGGGGAGUGUAACAAGGCUAACUCAUAAAAUUGCCGAUUUCUAUUGAAAUCUGCACUUUGUGUGAAAUGCAAAGUGAAAAAAAGGCACUCUUUACACAAAGCCCUUUGGAAAGCUAAAGUGCUUUAGGGAUCUGGAGUUUCCCUUUACCUUUACCUUGCCAAGGGGGUGGACCUGCUCCCUUCUAAUGAAGGGUACACAGCUUCAAGGUACAAUCAUGUACUUGUUGUCACAGCACACCAUUGUAAACACACGCUUGCUCAGCUACUUGCUAAAAUUAGUUCCAAUAAUGUAGAUUCAUUGUAAUUCAUAAAGCAAAGGCAAGGUACCAGAUGAGCGCUUCACCACUUGAAUGGAAUAGUUACUAUAAGUUUACUGCAAGUAUAUAACCACUCGCUUGUAAUUCUCCAUCCAUAACCAGUUUAGAAUAUAUGUUUGGUGUUUUCUAGGCUUGCCAUCCUUUGUGAACAGCUCGCAGAGCACGAAAGUAUCCACUGGCGAAUUCUGUUGGGAUGCCAAUUUAAGGUUAGAUUGUCAACCUGUAUUUACAAAAAUCUUGGAUUGUGAGUUCUAGGAAGAUUUAGUUUAAUGCAUCGCAUAACUCACAUAUAAUACCAAAUACAAUAGAAUGUUCGAAAUGUUCCCAAGACAUUAAACCAGGGGUCCUCAAACUCCCUCCCCCCCCCAGAUGUUGCUGAACUACAACUCCCAUGAUUCUUUGAAUUACAUAGCCAGAGAAUCAUGGGAGUUGUAGUUCAGCAACAUCUGGGGGGCCAGAGUUUGAGGACCCCUGGUUUAAUGUCUUGGGAACAUUUCGAACAUUCUAUUGUAUUUGGUAUUAUAUGUGAGUUAUGCGAUGGGCUCCAACAGAGAGGACUCAUUGCAUGUCAUUAACUUGUAUUUAAAUGUAAUAUUACUUAUUAUGUAAAGUGGGAGUUCCCCUUUAAAUUCACGCUCAGCAUGUUUCUCUGCCAAUGAAAUAUUGCGGUUAUGGCUUUUUUUAAUGUCAUGUCAUUGCCAAAUCACAAUGAUCUUUUUCAGCUAUGCUCUUAUACAGGUCUAGGUUUUUAAUAUUAAGCUUUCCAAAUUAUUUAUCAUGAAAAUAUUCUAGUUUUGCAAUAUUGAUAUUUUUUAUAUUUCUUUUAUUAAAUGCUGCAAAGUUUUGUGGUUUUUUUAGUAUACAAAAAUAUGAAAUCAUUUUGAAAGCUCAUCGAACUAUAUUAAAUUGAGGCCAUAAUUUGAAAGUUGUCUCUUGACUGUAGGGAAUAUAAAAUAUACAAAAAAACUUUAAUUAUUAAAUAUGGUAUCAAUGCCCUUAUUAACAGUAUUACUGACAUAUUGCAAAGCAGACAAAUCGUUAAAAAAAAAUAUCAAGUUGUUGUAAAGAACAAUAAAUACUUUGGAAAUAUAGGCAUGUCCCAUACUCACAACACUUGUCAAUUGAUGAAAUAGUAAGCUAUGUGCAAAACUAUUCUAAAUAAACUCAAUUGUAGUAAUUUGGGGGAUUGGCAGAGUAGGUAGAUCUGUUAUGUUAGCCUGAUAAUCAUUUGUGAUUUUAUUCUUAACUUUAUAAUGUAUAAUAUUUUGUAUAUUUUAGGAACAUAUUGAAAAGGCAAUUUCAUUAAACCCCACUGACCCAAGAUGUUAUUAUCUGCUCGGACGCUGGUGCUAUCAAGUGAGUACUGAUACGACAGGUUUCUAUUCAUCAAAACAUACACCGAUAAUGUAACUUUUUAAUAGAAGUUAAAAAAGGGUUAAGAGGAGAAUUAAAAGGACACCAUAGGCACCCAGAUCACUUCACAUAAUUGAAGUGGUCUGGGUGCACUGCCCCAGCACCCUUAACGCUGCAAAGCUAACAAUUGCAGCUUUAUUAACUUUGUGGGGUAACUCUUCAUCUAGUGUCUGUCUACCAGAGGGACUUUUUGUCACCUGACGCUGGACGUCCUCACACUAUGCAUGACUACAUCCAGCGUCACCGGAAUCCCCAUAGGAAAGCAUUGUAUAAUGUUUUCCUAAGGGAGAAUCCUAAUGCGAGUGCAGCCAUUGCGGAGGUGGACCCGAGCCAAAACGAGGGACUUCAGUGCUAGACCCAGGUAGGUGACAGAAAGGGGGGGAGGUGGCACUAUAGGAAGCUAUAGUGCCAGGAAAACAACUUUGUUUUCCUGGCACUAUAGUUUUUUUGUAAAUGGAUAUUUGGAGAUUCAAAGUAGAAGUCUUUGCUUUUUGCACGUUGUUAAUUCGGGAAGAAUGUUUUUUUUAUAUUCUCUCUUUUUUAUGUCAAGCAGCUACCACGUUUAUUAACAAACUCAUCUGUGCAAAACCACUGUUUCUUUAGGUCUGUAACCUGGAUCUGUCAGAAAUAGAGACCAUCUCGGGCUUGUUGGAAAAAGUCCCGAAGUCUUCUGUUCAGGAAGCUCUGCAAAACUUCCUGAAGGUAUCCCCAGUUCUCUGCUCUACUUUUCUAAUAUAAGUUAACCCUGAGCAUUGCAUGAUAUGGGGUGAGGGGGAGGGUUGCCUGUUGAUUGUGAUGGUUUGCACUAUAAGGGAGUCUAUCCAACAGAUCUACAUCUCAUUACUUAUAUUGGAACAGGUUUGUACACCCCUAUGCAAACAUCAGGUGAAUUCACUUUGAAGGACCUCUGUCCCUCCAGUAAAUCUUUAUACAAAAAAGAAUAGCAGCACAUGUGUGAGAUGAUUGAUUAGCUUGGCUAGUAUUGGAGCAUCAUCCGCCAUGUGUGUUUGGUCAUCUUUGAAACCAAACUCCAUGCCCCAUGAACUCCAAAUGCUUAUCUAAGUAUGCAAUGUGGGAUUUGCACUUUAAAACCUUUUAAACUGUUAAAGGGACACUCCAGGCACCCAGACCACUUCUGCCCAUUGGAGUGGUUUGGGUGCCAACUCCCACCACCCUUAACCUUAAAAGUGUAAUUAUUGCAGUUUUUAUAAAACUGAUAUGUUUUCCUGACACUGGAGAGCCCCUUUAAUGCAAACCUAUGUUGUUGCUGUGUUCCUUUUCCUAAACAGUCUACAAAAAAAACAAAAAACAAGGGGGAGGGAAGAGAGAGACACACAUUAAUGCCAACUUUAAUGGCAGUGCAUGACCACAUAUACUAUAAGUAAAACAAUAAAUAAUACAACAGUUAAAAGCACAAGAUCAUCAUCAUUUUGGAGGAGUGACAAGUACUUAAUCUACCUUUAUAACUAUCAGGUUAAUGCAUUAAAGUGAGAAGUCAAAGAGAAUUUCAAAUGUCAGGCCAGAGUGGCCAAACUGAAAGCAGAACCGACUUAGACAAUUUUUCCAGUUCGGCUACUUAGACCUCAAACAUGAAAUUCCCUUUAGUCAGUAACCGUGUGUAUCUGGUUUAUAAACCAUGAAUAACAAAUGGCGAAAACAUUUUUUAACUACUUCAUUUACCAGAAAAUGAUGGCUUUAAAAAGCUUAAAUUCUGACCAUAGUCUAUAAAAUUACAGCUGCUUUAAACUCUAUACAUCAUAAAACAGAGAAUAACACAAAGAAAGAGAAUUAUAAAAAAUGUAUACAAACGUGGAUAUGGCCCAGAGCCAUACAAAGCUCGAGCCAUAUCCAUUCCUUCAAAUACACUUUUGUAUAUAUUUUUUAUAAUGAUCUUUCUCUGUGAAACUAGAGUAUUUGUUAUUCACUGGUAUAUUUAAAACGCUUUAGUGAAGACCCUGUUAAAUAAUUACUUAUGACUCUCUUACAAGGUUAAUUCUUUGGGAAAUUUAGACAAAAAAAAAAAAAUAAGACAAGUGUAGAUACAAAAAUAGAAUUAAAUAGAGAUCAGUUGUUAAACUUAGGCUGUUACAGCUUUGUCAGAAUUAUUUCACACUACAUUAUAUAUUUCGGUUUUCAUUACUUGUACUUGUAAAUGGCUCACAGGGUGAAAUAGAAUGCGAGAGACUUUCCUCUAAAGUUAAAGAGAAGAAAUGAUACGUGUGAAAUCGUUUGAUCCCAUCCUUUAUUUUUAAAUGUUCAUACAGAGAUGCACUUUUCAACUUGUGUCUUUCAGGCUGAAGAAAUGGUGCCUGAUUUUUCAAAGGCUUUAAGAAUAUACAUUGCAAAGGUAAGUGAGUAUUCUGAGUUAAUGUGUGUAUGUCCAGGGAUUUCAUUUAAAUGGUUUUUUUUUUUUUAAAUUCUUUAUUUGUGGUUCAUGUGAAUACAAUAUACAUACAUACACCAAAACAGUGCACAUGGGCAUAGAAAUAAGAUGAACAAUUGAAUAACGAUACAAAUAAUGAGCAUUGGUAUCUGUCGGUUACGUAACAUUUGCAAAUGUCAUAACAGCAAUCAUUGAGAUGCAGGUAGGUUGAACAGCUGUAGGUGAGUGUGCAUUUCUGAAGCUGAAGCCAUAGCAAUAAUGACAAGCUAGUUAGUUAGAAACAGGCAGCUACAUUCUACCAAACUUUAAAAUUCUGCUGUAUAUCUAAGCUUACUGGUCUGACGGAAAAGAUGGGGUAAUAAAUGUAUUACUAAAAAUAUUAGACACUUGUAGCAGGGGAGCAAUUGCGUCAAUGAGUAAUGAUAGUUGGCACAUAGGUUAUGGAACCUAGUGUAGUGAAUGAUUUGCUUUAUUAAUUCUAUUGUAAUGGAAUCCGUAAUUCUGGUUCCAGUUCCUCACAUGUUGCUGUUGCGACAGUGAUUCCCUUAAUCCUAACGUUAGCCAGGGAUCUCUUAGAGAAAGCUGCCUCGGGGGAGUAUUGCGUAAGGAACUUUGUUUUGACUGGGUCUGUGCGUUCGUGUAUCCCCCUGAUCAGUUGUACGUUCUGCCUGCGUCUAGUCGCCCCAGUCUGUCAUGGGACAGGUGUUAGUUCGUGUCUUCCCAGCAGGUAAUUGUGUCGUGUUUGAGAACUAGUUCUCUGCUUGUCUGGUCCCGUUCCAUCUCUCUCAGUCAGCUGUUAUAUAAGUCGGUGACUCGUAUCUAUGGGAGCUGCUUCGUGUCGUGGCUAUAUAUUGUUUAGCUACUCGUUCGGGGCCUUCCCGACUCUGGCCUCUUCGGGGGCAGGGCAAGCCGCAUCCACCCAAGCCCUCAGAAAAGGAAAAGAAGUUACGUGAAGUUGAUUAGAUGCAGAGGGGAAAAGGGAAGGGGGGCAGGGGGGGGGGAGGAGGAUCAGGAGUAGGGGUGGGGGGGGGGAGACAUGAUGGAUAGCACGUGUCGGGGUGCGCCGGGUCCUCUCAGACCCCCGGUGUUAUGGUGUGUGCUGUGCCUCCCUAGUUCCGGGACGUGAGAGGUAUAGAUACCAUGGGGUCCAGAUAUCGACGUGUUUGGUGCUUCUUCCUAUUAGUUCUGCGUACCGCGCCUCGGCAGUGUGUAUUUCCUCAACUCUCUGUAGCCACUCCGUGACGGUCGGUGGUUGGGUCUGUUUCCAUUUGACAGGUAUAGCUGCUUUCGCUGCGUUAAGCAGGUGCCGUAAUAUCGAUCUCUUGUAUUGGGCUAUCGAGCCUUCUGUGUAAUGCAGUAGGGCCAUUUCUAUGCUAAAGUCCGGCAGAUCUCCUAGAAUUAUCCUCAUUUCCCUUUUUAUGUCCUCCCAAUAUGGCUUGAUUAGCGUGCAAUCCCACCAGAUGUGCCGUAGAGAGCCUGUUUGGGACUCACACCUCCAACAUGUAUCUGAGGUUCCUCUGAAAAUUCUGUGUAGUAAGGAUGGGGUUCUAUACCAGUGAGAGAUUAGUUUAAAGUUAACCUCUUGAUAUCUGGUGCUUAUGGAGCUCUUGUGUUGCAGGAUUAAUAUCUGUUCCCAUUGUGCCUCAGUGUACGUCCUAGCUGUCAGCUCUUCCCAUUGCCUCUUAAACGCAUUUUUCCGUGUGAGGUCUCCUGUUAUCAAUUGUUGGUAGAUGAGCGAUACCCUACCGUCCGCGCCAGUGUUGGCCACGCAGAUGUUUUCGAACCAAGUCUGUUCUCUGUGAAUCGCUGCCCUGUUGGGGAGGUUGAAGUAGAAAUGCCGUAAUUGUGUGUACCGAAAUCUGUGCAUCAGCGUCUGUUGUGUCAUCGUGUUCCAUUCUCGCAGGUUUCGCAGUCCGGUAUUGCUCAGGACCUCUGACAUAGGGAUAUACUCUCCUUCUCCCUCAAUCGGCCAAGCAGAUCGGUGUAGCCCCCCGCCUAUUGCAGUAUUGUGUGUUAUCGGAAUCAAUGGGCUUGGUUGUGGGGAGAGAUGUUGGUUCCGCCUCAAGGAUGACCAUGUCUUUAGCGUUUGUACAAUGGGUGAUGAAUUGCCUAAUUUUGUUGCUGCAUCUGCCGAGCUGUGCCAUAUAUACAUGUGAAGGGCUUUGUUUGUACUUUCUCUAUCUAAUGCGGCCCACAGUUUGUUUUCAGACGCUACGUGCCAAUCCCUAAUCCGUUGUAAUACCGCGGCCUGGAAGUAUUUGCGUAUAUCGGGUAACGCUAGUCCGCCCCAGUUCUUUGGUAGGCAUAGCUUGUCGUAGCUGAGUCUUGCUCUCUCUCCUUUCCAGACAUAUUUUAUUACUGCCGAUUUAAGAGUUGCGAAGAAUUCUGAUGGUAUGUGCCAAGGAAUGGUGUUAAAGUAGUAAAGCAGCCGUGGUAGGAUAUUCAUUUUAAUCACCGCUAUACGUCCUUGCCAGGAUAUAUGGUCAUAAUUCCAGUUUUUUAGGUCGAGCAGGAUUGUUCGCAAGAGGGGUACGUAGUUCCUGGUAUAUAGCUCUUUCGGAUUGUUGGGUAUCCAGAUUCCCAGGUAUCGCAUCUGUUCUGAGCACCAGUGAAAGGGAUACUCGCGUGCGAUCCGCUCUCGCACUGCCGUUGGAGUCUGUAUGUUCAGCAGUUCGCAUUUAGUUUGAUUAAGCUUCAGACCUGAUACCUGGCCAUAUAUGUCGAAUUCCUGCAUCAAGAUCGGCAUGGAGUCGACCGGGUUGUCCACGAAGAAAAGCAUAUCAUCAGCAUAUGCGGCAACCUUGUGCUCCUGGUCUCCGUGUUUAAACCCUCGAAUCUCUGGGGUUUGCCGUAUCCUGUCCAAAAACGGUUCCAAGGAGAGGGCAAAUAAAAGCGGCGACAAUGGGCAGCCCUGUCGGGUUCCGUUGUGGAUGGGAAAGGUGUCUGUGAGCGCACCAUUCACCCUCACUCUGGCACUAGGGUCAGCGUAAAGCGCAGCUAUCCAAGCUAUCAUUCCCCUCCCUAGGCCGACUUUAUGCAGUGUUGCUAUCAUAAAGCUCCAGGUCACCCGGUCAAAUGCCUUUUCGGCGUCUGUUGAGAGCAUUAGUAGUUCCGUCUUCUCUUUAAGCGCCAAUGCCUGUAUUGAAAACGCUCUGAGUGUGCAGUCUCUGGCUUCCCUGCCUGGUACAAAACCUGUUUGAUCAGGAUGUAUUAGGCGCGGCACGUACGCCUGCAACCUUGUAGCGAUGACAUUGGUGAAGAGUUUCACAUCCGCGUUAAGUAGAGAGAUCGGUCGGUAGCUACUGCAGUUUUCGGGGUUCUUGCCUGGUUUGGGUAUCACCGUGAUUGUGGCUGCUAGAGUUUCUCGGUGGAAUUUAUCGCCCUGUUGGAGUCGGUUGAGGGCUGUUGUUAAGUGUGGAGUCAGAAUGUCCCUGAACAACUUGUAGUAUCCCGCUGAGAGUCCAUCUGGUCCCGGUGCUUUCCCCUUCUUCGCUGCCUUAAUCGCCGCCUGUACCUCUUCAGUGGUUAUUGGGACUUCCAGUAGGUCUGCCUCCUCCGGUGUUAGGGCGUCCGGCUGAAAUCUUUGUAGGUAGCGCGUUGUUGCUUCCUGCAGUUCGGCGCGUUGUGUAUCGGAUGUCGUUGGUGAAAUAUUAUAUAGUUGUUGGUAAUACUUACGGAAUUCAUUGGCUAUUGCCUCCGGGAAUUGUGUGAGAGAGCCAUCGGUUGUUCGUAGUGCAUGGACUUGUGCUCUGGCCUGUUGGGGUCGGAUCAUGCGGGCUAGGAGUCUCCCGCUUUUAUUAGCGUGAAUGUAAAAAAAGGCCUUGGAUCGCUGUGUCGCUCUAUAGUGUUUGCGGGCUACUAGAUCUGCCAGCUGUCUGCGAGCGUCCAGUAGUGAGCGAUAGUGCUCCUCGAGUUGCGACCGCUUAUGUUGGGUUUCCAAUUUCGAUAUCUGGUCAAUGAGUUCCAGCAUGUGCCGCUGUGCUUCUCUCUUUUUGCGUGAUGCAAUCUUUAUGAGAUGCCCCCGGAGCACGCUCUUGUGCGCUUCCCAAAGCGUCACUUUCGACACAUCCUCUGUAUCGUUCUCAGCAAAGUAGUUAGUUAGAUGUUCUGUCAGAAGGGAUUUCACUUCCGGGUCCGAUAAGAGCGACUCAUUCAGUCUCCAUGUUGUCCUAGUAGGCCUAAAUAGAGGAGAAUCCAGAUGUGCGGACACUGCGCUGUGAUCCGACCAUGGUGUCGGAACAAUGUCAGCCGACUGCAAGCGUUGUAGUCCUUCUUGUUGUAUGAGAACAUAGUCAAUACGCGAGUAUCUCCUAUGUAUGGCUGAGUAGUGCGUAUAGUCUCGAACUGUCGGGUGUAGGGUUCGCCAGGCGUCUACCAAUCUCAGGUCUCGCAGGGCCUUCCUUAUUGCUCUGAUCGCAGUUUGUGAUAUACUGCUGUGUCCAGUCGAUGAGUCAACUAAUGGGUCAAGCGGUGCGUUGAAGUCCCCCCCUACGACGAGUGAACCUUCAGUAUACGUUGCCAAUUGGCGGAUCGUUUUGCUUAGAAACGGUGCCUGCUUUGCAUUUGGUGCAUAGAUAGAGGCGAAGGUGUAGAGUUUUCCCGAAAUUGUGCCUUUGAUGAAAAGGAAUCUACCGUUAGGAUCUGCGAGUUGAUCCAUCAGAGUGAAUUGGGUAUUGGCUGCUACUAGGAUCGCUACUCCUGCUCGUCGGUCGGUAGGGUGGGUGCUGUGGUAGUUGGUGGGGUAUCAUUUAAAUGGUUAAGCAUCAUUUAAAAAAUUAAAAAAUUAAUAAACCCCUAUUUGGGCUUAUUAUUUACUCCCCUUCCUCUAAAAUCAGAAAUAAACAUAAGGUUUUUUUUAUAUGCCUGAGCGGGUAGGCAGACGAGUGCUGUAAUGUAAACGUUGCAGCACUAAGUGCAAUAGGGACACUGUACCCAGAACACUUCAAUUAACUUAAGAGGUCUGGGUGCCUAUAGUUUCCCUCAGUGUGCAAGACUGCAUCAAAAAAUAUCAUGCAGACAAUGUAAAUCCUAUCUAAUAGCAGUAGUCUUACUUCUCAAUGAAAGAAAAGUUAAUGAGAUAACAUGCUUCACACUACUGCAGUGUUUGACAUUUUGAUUGGAUGUGGGGCAGGGAUGAUGAACAUGUGAGUGACUUGUGCAGCCAAGCAGGAGUUGAUGGUGGUGUUUGUAAUAUGCAGCUUUGCAAUUUACACUUUUUUUUUCAGGGUGUUCCUAGAAGCAGGCCACUGUGGGUGGUGGGGAGACUAAACAAGAUGGCAGAACAGUGGCUCAUACUAGGGACUGUCCUGUAUGAUCAGGGGCAAUUGGGAGGGAUGGGAAAUGUAUGCACACAUUGUGUCUUAUAUGAAUAGAUCCACUGAGAUUUAAUUUAUAUGUCAUAUUGUGUGUAAACAUCUCUUGCAUUCUGGAUAUCUGCACAAUGGGUGACAUUUGCUGCUGGGAUGUAAUUCAUCACUGGAGUUACGAGAUGCAAUCUAACCUUUUGAUUCAUAACUGGGAGAAUAUUUUUUUUUUCCCCCUAUGGUUUUUUUUGUGUUUGUAUUUAUUUAAUUAUAUUUCUACAGUGUUAUAAGGAUUUGGGAAACGAUGCAACUGCUGCACAUUGGUUGAAAACGGCAGCUGAACUCCCUAAUAUUACAAGAGAGGUAUGGAACUAUGUAUUUUGCCAUUAACUGCUUGUCCUCCAGUCUGAAACCAUAUGCUCAUCCUCGUUAGUGUACUUGCAUCUCAUUGGAGCUAUAAUAAUAAUUGGUGCCUGACUCAAUCGCCAGGUCCCCCUCAUGCCAGAAGGACUUCUUUAUAAAAUGCAUGCACACAGUCUCUGCACCAACAGCACUGAGUAAGCUGCUCUGACUGCAAACAAACAGUCAGAAAAACUCCAAACAGGCAGUGAUAUCCUUACUGCCGGGCUGCACAAAAGGUAGAUCCCCAUAUGUUGUAGAACUACAACUCCCAUGAUGCUUUUUAUCGCUUUAGAAUGACAAAGCAGUGUGGAAACUGUACUUUUAAAUCAUCUCGUGAUAUACCUUUUGGGCAGCCCGGCUUACUGUAUGCUCUCCUAAUUGUCCUCUACUUAUAAUGUUGAUUGCUUAUAGUUCAACUCAUUAGUUAUUGUCCAUAUCAUACAAAGAUAAAGUGCUCAGCGCAAAAUUGGAAUAAUAAUAAUGUUCUAACUCCCAGAGCUUGACACCACCAUAUGUGUUACACUGGUGAAUUAUAGUUAUACCUGAAUACAGUAUAAUUCCUUAUCCAAUAAUGGAGGCAACAGACACAGGUAUUCCUGUAUGGUAUAAAAAGGAGAACUCAUAGGAUAACACUGUUAUAAAAGAGGGUUCAAUUUAAAACUCUGUAUGGUACAACUCACAUUUUUCUGAGCCUGUUAUAUCGAAACUGGCUCAGGUAAUAUCACUUUAAAUGCAAUGUACAGAUCCAGGUGAGUUGGAGAUGAUCCCUCAGAAAAGAAUUGUGGGAAAGGAAACACCAGAUUAGUAUAAAAUCACAAUAUUUAUUACAAAAAAUAUAAAAAGCCUUACGUUAAGGUUUUUGGAGUGCCAUUCAUUCAAAGAGUAAAAGCACAAUGCAUUUCAACGCUUGGAUUUGCGUCUUUCUCAGGUGCAUCUGAGGAAGACGCAAAUCCAAGCGUUGAAAUGCGUUGUGCUUUUACUGAUAUUACCUGAGCCAGUUUCGAUAUAACAAGCUCAGAAAAAUGUGAGUUGGACCAUACAGAGUUUUAAAUUGAGCCCUCUUUUAUAACAGUGUUAUCCCAUGAGUUCUCCUUUUUUACCAUACAGGAACACCUGUGUCUGUUGCCUCCAUUAUUGGAGGAGGAAUUAUACUGUAUUCAGGUAUAACUAUAAUUCACCUGUGUAACACAUAUGGUGGUGUCACGCUCUGGGAGUUAGAGCAUUAAUAUUAUUCCAAUUUUGCGCUGAGCACGUUAUCUUUGUAUUAUAUAUUUAUUUCACUGUUGGUGGAAUCUUUUGUGAUUUAAUUCCACUGUGUUCACAGCUGCAUGUCCUAGCGCUCAUAUUAUUACACUACUAUCCGGUAUUGUCCAUAGCUGAGCUGUGUACAUACAUUAGAUAAGGAAGUAAUUUUUAUAGAGUGAGGGGGCGUGGCUAAAGAGGCAGGCUUAUGGUGCAACAUUCUGCAAAUUUGUUUAUAGCUUUAGCACUUAAAAAUAAAUUAUAUAUAUUAUGUAAUAAAGUUGUAUUGGUUCUCGGAGUGGCCCUUAUUAAACCUGAAGUAUUAGGAAGGAUGAAAGUUUUAUAAAAGGGCUUUGGAAAAAUAUAUUCUGUAAAAGCUGAGAAUCUGUGGAUUGGAAUCACUGGGACUAAAUUCUAGAGAGUAGGAGUGUGAGGCUAAAACUAUUGGAGGAAUAGUAGGAAAUCUGGUCGGUUGUCCUCAAAUACGGGAGCUACCUCUAACUUAUGCAGCCAGUCAAGUACCAAGAAGCAGAUGAUCUGCGCAGGUCAAAUUUAGUGCGUUUGUAUUAAUGUCUGUUAUGCUUAUAAUCAUUUCUCUAAUUAUGCAGAUUAGGAAUUAAGUCUAGAUUUUUUACUUUGCGUAUUAGGAUCGGGAAAUGUCUGCUUCCAUAGAAGAAAUGUCGGAAACAACUGAGGAAGUCCAACUGCUAUGAUUACAUCAGCAGCAUUUCUUUGGAUUGUAAUGGGAGAUACUACAGCCCUGAUCGAUGUGCAGAUCUGCAGCAUUUAAAUCUGAAUACAGAAGACACAAGUAAACUGCAGGGUCAAUACUCGAGGGUACUACACAUCCUGAUCUUAGAAUUCUAUUUUUCCGACCAUUGUGGUGAACUGUGAAAGGCGCGUUAGCCUUAAAGCAUUGUUCUGAGACGCACACAUUCUACAGUUUCUGGAAUAUUCCUGUUUUUAAUUGUUACAUUUCUUUUGUUACACAAAUAAUUAAGCUAGUUUAGUUUGAAAUUAAAGGGACUCCUGAAAACAAGGUUUUAUUUGAGCAGUUCUGCCUACUUUUGCUGGUGUAGUCUUGUGAAAGUUUGUUUUUAUAAUCACACUCUUCAUAUAAGGAUAGAAUGCCGCCUAAUUUAAAGUUUAGUUUGUCAUGUAAAAUUAUUUUCAUUCUGCUAAAUGUUGUACGGAGAUGUAUCCAUUCCAACCACCAUAACCACUUCAGCCCAUUGUAGUGCUUAUGGUGCCCAGAGUGUUCCUUUAAGAAUGUUUUGACAACUUACCGGUUUGCCGUCGCAGUGCUGCAAGAAGCUCCACCGAAGAGGUAUGUUUGCUGCGCUUAGCAUAGCCCCACAUGACUGAGCUUAGCUUAGUGACAGAGCUUCUGACAGCAGAAUGAAUUUGCUUUACCUGCCUAGGGCCAGUGGGGUAUUAAUCUUUCUGAGUACCCUGAGAGUAAAAUAUAUUGAUGUUCCUUAUUAGCAUUUUAACUGGGCCUCUAUCUUUUUGUGUGUUAACGUCAUUGGGACCAUGCAUGCAGACACUGACAUUUAUUUUAAUUUAAUAAAUUUGAGACAAUACAUUAAAAAUGCAUAAAGAAAGAUUUCCUACCUUCAAUUGUUCCUAGUUUGGUGCAAACCCCCAGGAUCUGCCACUUCUGCAGUGACGUAUACAGCAGAACUCAGUCCAUCUCUCCCAUUGAUUUCAAUGGGACUAACCGUUCCUAGAAAUGUGCUGUUUAAGAGACGUUUUUGAGUAACUUGUAAUUUACAGAGUAUGAGUUUACAGAAUACAAACAGGAGAAAAAUGUAUUCGCUCUGUAAUCCGCUGACAGCUUCUUGAAAUUAUAUACAAAUUGUACUUGCAAAAGUAAAUGUUUGUCAGUUGUUUACAUUCAUUUGUGCGAGUACUUCCUUGAAUUGGAUCUCUGUUGUUAGAAAUAAAUGGGAAGAUCCCGCUUUGUCUCUCUCCUCUAAUUAGAAGACAGAAUUUAUUCGAUGGUGAUUUGAUGCAAAUCUAUGUUUCUGCAAAGAACGUGCACCAGGCUUCGUGAAUAAGAUUUAAGUUUACGUGACGUUUUGUCGGAUACUUUGACACUUUGUUACCUCGAGUUUUAACGAUGGCUCCUAUAUUUUUACAGGGUUUAAUAUUCCAUUUGUCAGACUGAUUUUGGGUUGUUAAUGACUUGUUACUUUUGACAGUCUGAGUGAGAUACAUUCAAAGUGUAGGGGUUUGCAGAUCAGUGAUAAUAGUGAGAGAAACUAGCAAGUUAUAUUAGAUCAGAAUAAUUGGGGGAGGGAACAUAAUGAAGCAUAAUAGUUCUAUUGUAGGGAAAUAUACUAAAUAGUGAGUGUUACCAUGCGAAUUGCCACAGAAUUGCAUCUUUUUGCCUUGAUAUUUUUCCCCCCUGAUGUGGAGAAAUUGCCGUGUAAACUAAUGCAGGUGUCUUUAUAAAUUACAAGUUGUGGCAGUGUUUACACGGUUUAAAUUUCGGAAUGUGCUGCCAUCUAACGGUACAAGGGAAGCUGAUGGCAUGUGUAUCACUUGAAAAAGCUAAAGGGUAUUCAGCGCUAAGCAAUAACUGAACAGUCCAAACAGCAGCUAAAUCACCGGAGCCAGAGUCUCUCGUCCCAUCUACAAACAGAUGAAAGUAUAAGGAGUGGUGCAGCGCCUAAAGUGUCCUUAAAAAAAUUAUAUAAAAGCAGGGAGAAAAUAUAUAGUGUAGUAUGUCACUGUCCAAAUAAAUAGAAUAAAACAAAGAAAAUAGAGCUACAAUUUUAGCUCCAGGAAAUUGUGAGUAUUUCCUUUGUUUUAUUCUAUUUACUUGGACAGUGACAUACUACACUAUAUUUUCCUUUUUUUUCAUCCUGCUUUUAUAUACAUUUAAGGACACAUUAGAGGCGCUGCACCACUUCUUGUACUUCUAUGUGUAUCACUUGGGCACCUGUUAAUACACAGAGGUACUUUAUCUGUUUCUCUUACGGGGUUAAACUCUGGUGUUUGAAUUUGACAUUUCUCACAUUAAAUAGCCAAACUGGAAAAAAUUCAGUUAUACUUCCAGUUCGGCUAUUUUGAGCUUAGAUUCUAAAUGAACUUUCAAAUUUAAUAAACUUUGACAAAGAGAGAAAUUAAUACCACAUAAUAACAAUACGAGCCACUUAAAUGCCCAAAUUGAUAAGAAUCUCAGACUUUGAGAAAUGUUAAAGCCCACCCCGCACCCCUUUUUUCUUUAUGAGUUAUUACUUUGACUUUCACUGAAUUGCUAACUCAAGAGAUAUACAGAGAAAGUAGGAUCUACUUUGUCUCUGUAUUUCUCCUCUGCCUGACUUUCUUAGACUCUAAACGUCAAUCACAACCUCUGUCACCACUGGCUGCUGCAGGGAGUUGGCUGUGUCGAUGGAGGAUCCCCUAUAGACCUCAUUGCUGUACUCCUGUGCAUGCGCGAAAGUACAACCGUGAAUUCGGCUCCUGGCGCCAAAGUGCCAGGAGUUGAAGAGGAGCAGUGCGAGAAAGUUUCAGGUAAGUAAUCUCACCUUUACCCAACUCCCACCGGACCACUAGCGGCAAUGUCACCAUCGGGGGACUUUGCAAAUUCGGCUAAGUCCCAGAUGGCGACAGAGGUGCUUUAAGUGGUCUAAAGAAAACCAGGGAACCAUUCCAUAUGAAUGCGAUACUACAGUUUUCAUUUGAUACCUCUAGUUGGGAAUACAUAGAUAUUUUUACUCACAGUGAUAGAACUGCAUAUAUCUAGUGAUGUGCUCUGACUUUGAUCCUUUUAGAUCAUCUAGACAGAGCUAAACAAAGCCUACCUUUUACUGUAACGCAUUCCAGAUUCUAAUGGGGUAAGUGCAGUACAUUGAAUGUGGGUUACUGUCAUUUUAGUAGCCCCUAUAUCAGGGGUCCUCAAACUCCGGCCCCCCAGAUGUUUCUGAACUACAACUCCCAUGAUUCUCUGGUUAUCUAUGUAAUUCAAAGAAUCAUGGGAGUUGUAGUUCAGCAACAUCUGGGGGGCCAGAGUUUGAGGACCCCCUGCUCUAUAUCCAUGUGGAUAGUUUGAAAUGAAGUCUCUCCUGCAGCAUUAGUAUAGGUGCAGUAUUAUUUGGUAAACUAUAUAGAUUUUAUUACUUUGUGCAUAUUUUUUAUAUGAUCGUUAGCACUGAUAUUAAAAUCUACCGUCUCCUUAAGACUUUGCAGAUAUUUAUAAAAAGUGGGGCUAAGACUGUGAUAAACAAUUUGAUAAGUCAGGGACAUUCUUUUGCUUUCCCUUCAUAACUUGUUACUUAUGUCUGAUAAGGGACACUAUUCCAAAACGCUCUCUUAGCUGCAUAAUGAGAAAAAGUUAUAAAUCACAUUGAAAUCUUGAUGCUGAAAGGAAUAGGAAUUAUCUUAUGUUCCCCAAAAUCUUUGCACCAGCAUUACACCAGGUCAAAAAUGACCUUAAAUAUUUUACUGCAGAAUCUUAGUUCCACGUUUAUAAAUAAACUGACAAAUGUAUUUUAAAUGAUACUGACUAAAUAACAUGCAUUUCUAUACAUGUUAUACCGCUUAGCCUUACUUUUCCCAAUCUUCCUAAAAUUCUACGCUGCUACAGAAAAUGUUUUACAUGUUAUUAAUGCCUUUUAAAUCCUUUGUUUUACCACUUUCUUAAGAAGUACACUGAGUGCACAAAAUUGCACAUGUGGUUAAAACAAGUGCUUUAAUGGAAUUGUUAUAUACUUUAAGUUCUUUGUGAACAACACUUGCAUUUCAUUUAAAUGGAACAUACAGUUCCCAUUAUUUAUUCCUAUACAUUAAGUAUUUUGAAUUAUCUAUAUUUGUAAAAACAAAUAGAAUUACAUAUUAAGACCACAAUAGGCACGACAUUAGAAAAAAUCCAAUUGCAUUGUGUAUUUUCAAUGUUCCAGAUAGGCAUUGCCUAAAGGUCAGGACAUUUCUGUUAUACCGAGUCUGACAAUGAGGUUAUACAAGGUGAACCAAUAUAGAGAAAUGACCCGUUAGUGAGGUUUUUAACUAAGCUCAGUAUUUCUAAAGAUAAAAUAUUAAUGUGGACUGCGUUAGAAUUUCCAGCACAAUCCAAAGACUCCAUAAAGGCAAAAUAGGGAUUACUUAGUCUUAUGGACAAGCCUGAUGAUGUGAUGGCUGUGGGACAUGAUCUACGGAGGCUUUCUUGGGAUCCUCCAUAGACCUCGAUGUGGUACUUUGGUGGCUACCAGUAGAGGUAGUGCCAGUAGCUGAACAGGUCCCCUGGAUGAAUAUGGCAGCAGCUGUGAGGGAUUCCCACGCCCACCAUGCCCUAACCAGAGGUGUCCCUUUUGGGGGCUUUGCAAAAUCUGCCAAGAUCCCUAAAAACUGCAUGUCUGCUUUGAUGCGGUGCUCAUUACUAGGACUGCUGCUGGUUUAUUUUUUUUACUAGGACUGCUGCUGGUUUCUAUGUUUUAUUUGUGCCUUUAAGUGUUUUACAACACAGUUUGGAUUUUUAACAGGUCUGAUGAAAUAUGUGAACUAUUGGUAAUGUUGUGGUCAGGUUUCCCCCUUUUUUCUACUCAGUAUUAGUUUUCUAACAUUUACAGUUUGUAUGUUGAAGAUGGACCCUGACUAUGCAUGCAGAAAAUUAUGUUUAAAUACAGUUUUGAUGAUCGAUAGGUUAGAAAUACUCUGAAGUACAACACUUCUGCAUGAUAAGGCUGCUCAAUAGGCCACAUUUAGGUUAAAAGAGCCAAUUUAGAAACAUUAUACAGCUUGACUGUGUCAUGGCUUGGCGAUUUUGCGCUAGACUUUGCUAUUUGAUAGUUAGUGAAUUAUCCCCUUUAAAAGGGAUACUAUAGGCACCCAGACCAUUUCAGCUCAUUAAAGUGGUCUGGGUACAGGGUCUCUAUUGCACAUAGUCCACCAAUGUAAAAAACAUUGCUGUUUCAGAGAAACCGCAAUGUUUACAUUGCAGCUCUAAGUCUGCCUCCAGUGGCUACCAGCCAGCCACUGGGGACGCUUCCUGGUUUGAAACGGUCUGGUAACUGAUGCUGGACAUCCUCACACUCUGCAUGAGGACCUACAGCAGCAGAUUUUCCCCCCAUAGGAAAGCAUUGCUUCAAUGCUUUCCUAUAGGGAGGUCUAAUGCGCAUGCAGCAUUUGCCACGACCGUCGACCCAGCGCUGAGGGACAUCGGCGCUAGGAUUAGGCUAGUAAAUAAAGGGUGAGGGAGGGAGAGUGUCAUGAAUACAGCUUUGUAUUCCUGGCACUACAUUAUCCCUUUAAUAUAUCAGAAUCUAGGAUCCAAAUUAUGGCCUGCAUCCAGAAACUAACAAACCAACAAUAAAAUACAUAAAAUACAGCAUGCCUUUAUAAAAUGGAGAUUUUGGCCAAUAUGCUUUUAUUUUUUUAAUGUUCGUUGCUUUAAGGUUUAUACAGACACGUGUAUGUAUAUUUAACCUCAUAAUAUACUGAGUAUGUAUAUUUUUCUGUACUUUGUGUUCCAGUAUUACUUUGACUUUAGUUUGACAUAAAUGCUAUUUAUAAAGCUGAAUGCAUACUGCUCAUCGGUAGGCUAAAUAUUUUACGAACAAGCUGUGAAUAGGAUUUCAAAGUCCCCAUCGGACCAAAAAUAAGCACAUUAAUAGAAUUUUGCAGAAAACAAAGUAUUAUUUGUUUUGUCUUUCAAUGUGGAAAUGGUGUUUAUAAACCGUGUGCACUGAUCAAACUGACAUUCUUCUGUAUCAAACACAUUGUUAAAUAAAAACCCAUCUGUUGAACUAUA